GAUGCUUCAAUAAAGAAAGACUUGAGGUUGCUAUUCCAAAAGUCUCCAACAUUUCUACAGAGAAAUGGUCUUAAUGUAUCAUCGUUUAUAAAGUUAUUGGUCUGGACCAGAAAGGGAAUACACCUUUAUUCUAUCAGUGCUUCUAAUCUUAUUGUUAUCAUUAGUAUUAGCUAGUCUGAGCAUCCAAAUUUAUAAUUUUCUAUGGCCGUCCCUCUUUCUGAUGUAGGAUGGUUCUUUGGGAGCCAUUCGAAAGAGAAAAAUGUUUGUCAGAGUCAAAAUUCAGUGGCUUUUGGAGGGGGGAGCUUCGCGGUUUCUAGUAGAGUAAGACGAUGCAAUAUGUCUACGAUGGUCAAGAGUAGCCAGUCAGAAAACAACAUGACUGUUGUGAUCGGGGAGAAAGCUAAGAGUUUAGCAGAAACAUGGAAGGAAAUUCACGGGGAAAAUGAUUGGGAGGCUAUGCUUGAUCCCAUUGAACCGCUCAUGAAGUCUGAGUUGAUACGAUAUGGAGAUAUGGCACAAGCUUGUUAUGAUGCUUUUGAUCAAGAUCCUGGCUCAAAGUACUGUGGUGGUUGUCAAUUUAAGCCUGACAUGUUUUUUGAAGAUCUUGGCUUGAGUAAAUUUGGUUAUGAUGUAACUGCCUAUCUUUACUCAGCUUACAAUAUUAAUUUUCCAAUUUUUUAUUCAAAGUCUCUAUGGCCUAAUAGCUGGAGUAGUUCAGCAAACUGGAGCGGUUAUGUUGCAGUGUCAAAUGAUGAAACAUCGGCUAGUUUAGGUCGUAGAGACAUCACGAUUGCUUGGAGGGGAACCGUUGUCAAGAGGGAAUGGCUUGCAGAUAUGAUGGAUUUUCUGAGGCCAGUCACUCAGCGGGAGAUAGAUAGUCGGGACCCUUCCAUCAGAGUUGAGGCUGGUUUUCUUCAACUCUACACUGAUAAAGAUGAGAGAUGCAAAUUCUCUGAGUACUCUGCAAGGGAACAGAUUAUAGCAGAACUCAGUAGAUUGAUUCAGAAGUAUGAAAAUGAGGAGAUGAGCAUAACAAUCACGGGGCAUAGCUUAGGUAGCGCUCUAGCAAUACUGAGUGCCUAUGACAUUGCUGAGGCUGGAAUAGAUUUGACGAAAGAUGGGCGUGACAUACCUUUAUGUGUGUUUUCGUUCUCAGGGCCAAGAGUUGGGAAUGCUAGGUUUAAAGAAAGACUUGAAUGGCUUGGUGUAAAAGUACUAAGAGUGGUCAACAUUCAUGACAAGGUGCCUUAUAUGCCUGGAAUUUUCUUCAAUGAGCAUGUGUCUCCGAUAAUGAGAAAGGUUGGUGAAUUGUUGCCUUGGUGCUAUUCGCAUGUAGGUGAGGAGCUUGCUUUGGAUCACGAAAACUCCCCCUUUUUGAAGAAAACAAAUGACCCGAGAUGCUGCCAUAACUUGGAAGCACUCUUGCAUUUGGUUGACGGGUACCAUGGGAAGGGCAAAAAAUUCUGGCGUUCGACAGGAAGGAACAUUGCCUUGGUAAACAAAUCAGCAGAUUUUCUGAAAGACUAUCUAUCAAUUCCGCCUAAUUGGUGGGGGACUCAGAACAUAGAGCCUAACAGAAACAACAUGGAGAACGUCACUGGAGAGACGUGAUCUUGAAGGUCAGAAAACCAUCUAAAUAUAGUCAGCAGCAUCUUUCCCCUGUUCGAUCAUCUUGCAAGGACUAACAGAAGGUUUAAAAUAUCAUUUCAAGAACAGAAUGUUGAUGCUUGGCCAUUGAUUUAAAAUAUUGUUAUGCUGUAAAGUGUGUCAAAAUGUACUUUUCAAGCAUCUUUCUUUUUAA